AAAUAUAAGCACUUUAAAUUGUGUUAUCUUUUGAAUUAGCAUUAAGAGACAAUAUAUAUAAUGGGUGCUUUUAAUUUCAUUUUAUUUGUGUUUGUUUUUGGUAGUCAAGUGAUUGGUGGAUUGAAUACAAAGCUACCACCUCCUUCCUAUGGAAAUACAAUAAGCAUUCUAAGCAUUGAUGGUGGUGGUAUUAAGGGCAUUAUUCCUUCCACUGUUCUUCAACACUUGGAAAAGGCUCUUCAGAUUGUGUCAAAUGAUGAAAAAGCAGCACUGGCAGAUUAUUUUGAUGUGAUAGCUGGGACUAGCACUGGAGGACUCAUUGCUGGAUUGCUAGCUUGUCCUAACCCAAAUGACCCUUCUCGUCCUGCCCUUACUCCUCUACAAAUCUUAAAGUCUUACUUUAAUUAUGGUCCUUCUAUAUUCAAUCAAACUACAGCUAGUGGUUGGAAUGAAAAUUCCACACGUCCGAAGUAUGAUGGUGAAUUAUUACAUAGCAAAGCACGUGAGAUAAUGGGAGAUACAAGAUUACAUGAGACAUUGACCAAUGUUGUAAUCCCAACCUUUGACAUCAAGACAGUUCAUCCAGUAUUAUUCUCAAGCUUUAAGUUGAAAACAGUUCCUAGCUUAGAUGCAAAAUUGUCAGAUAUAUGCAUUGGGACAUCAGCUCUACCAACAAAACUACCACCAUAUUACUUUAAGAAUGGUGACAAUGAAUUCAAUUUAGUUGAUGGUGGUUUGGAUGCAGCUAACCCGGCAUUGGUUGCAGUGAGUGAAGUAAUACAACAAUUGAAUGAGAAGAAUUCUGAUUUCAUUCCUAUGAAGGAAAAUGAGCCUACCAAAAUAGUGUUGUUGUCCUUAGGAUGUGGAACAAUAGGGGACACUAAAGGGAUAGAUGCUAAUACUGCAAAAUCAAUUCCAGCAAAAGAUUGGACAUCCAUUGCACUUUUAGGAUUAACUAGUGCUCCAGGAGAUAUGAAUCAAUAUCACCUUGCAUCAAUUUUCCCAGAUCAUCCAUCUUCAAACAAUUACUAUCUUCGAAUUGAGGAGUAUAACUUGGAUAAAUCCAUGGGCCUAGCUGAUAAUGUAACCCAAGAAAACAUGGAUAAUCUUGCACAAGUGGGACAGAACUUGCUGAAACAACCUGUUAAGAUCCUAAAUAUAACUUCUUUUGUCCCUUAUGAAAAAUCAAGUGAAGGUACAAACAUUGAGGCUCUUCAGAGAUUUGCUGAGAUUCUAUAUAAUGAGAAGCAGCUGCGUUUGAAAAUGAAAACCAUGAAAAAAAGUGAACAAUAUUCAUUGAAACCCUUACUUCUGCUUUUGGGAUUGUUUCCUCUUCUGAUUUGGGCGACACCAAUGUUAAAAGGAUUAUCAAUAAGACGACACCAAGCUUGAAACGAUUCUUGUUUAAAUUAAGGGGCACCAAUGCACCAAGAGGAAGAAUACCUAAAGCAAAAUGAUUUUAAGACCCUUGGAAAUCACUUAAAAUAAAGUUGAAGUGUGUGUGUAUAUAUAUACUACCUCUUUUUUUUUUUUUUUUUUUUUUUUUAAGGAACAUACUCUUUUUAAAUUUUCAAAGGAAUAAUUAUUUUUUUAUCAAUAUAUACUCAUAAUAAAUUUACAUCUUUUUAUGCAA